UCGGGUAAAGUCGCGCAAAGUGAAGCGCCUGUUGCAACUUUGGAUCAACUCUUCUUUGGAUGUAGCUCGCGCGCGUCUCUCCUAACAACUCACAGCGCUGCGCUUCACACGUCCGCUUGCUCCACUUCAAAAAGUGUCAACGUGUGAUAUUUCGGACAGUCCGCAAUGGACGAGGAUAAAAACGUCCUGCCUGCUUUGAAGGAUAUAGAGACAAAGUUGGGUCUUAAGGUCCCGGAUAGCCUCAUUCGUUCUCUUGCUGCAGGAAAGCAUCCCGACGUGCACGAGAAGUCUGCAGCGCCGCAUUUAGUGAACUGCACACUGUAUGGCAACAAUGCGGACUUGAAAAGACUGGAGAGCAAAAUGCUGUUCCUAAAACAAGAAAUGGCACAUCUGCGAGCCAUCGACGUGAAGCUGAUGCAGCAGCUGAUGUCCAUCAACGAGGGCAUCGAGUCCAUCCGUUGGAUGAUAGAAGACAAAGGAGGCGUGGCCAGCCAAGAGGGCAGCCUGACGGGCAGCUUGUACAGCCUGUCAGACAGCCAGGACGGUACCUCGCUGCGAGGCAGCUUCAACAGCUUGAAUGACGGCAACAGUGACGGGCUAGAUACUCUGUCUGUGGGUAGUUACUUGGACACUCUAGCAGAGGACCUCUCGGACGACCCCUCACCUACAGAUCUCGACUGUUUUGUUGAUAAAACGGUUAUCGAUGGGGAUACUUUCAGCAAAUCACCACUGAAACUCAGGGCGGAAUCGGAUGAAUACUACUGCUUUGGAUAAUGAGCUAAACACAGUGGUUACAGAGACUACUGAGAUAUGUGAAGACAGAUUUUAAAAUGUGUUCUUCACAAAUUAACACAGCUGUCAGAAUAUUUUCCAAUGGCGAAUGUUGCUUUUUACCUUUUUAAACCAACAUCCUUAUGCGGUGGUUUGAACACGCCUCGACAAACCAUUGCCACUUAAUGUCGCACCACAAGUGAAAACACCUUUACAGUUCUUUAAGUCUUAAUAUUUUAUCAUGCAGGUCAAUUGAGUAAAAAAGGUGCUCUGUUAGGAUUUAAAGAUUGUAUUUAUUGAGUUACCUCAGCAGUUUAGUUUCACAGAUGAGAGUACUUCUUGGACUAAACCUAAUGACGACGGGGGGGAAUAAGAGUAGCAGCAUAAGCUGAACAUCAAAUCUUCUUUAUCUAAUGUCAGCCCCAAUCAUCUGAUCUAAGUGAAGGAGUAGAUUAGGGUUUAGCAGCCACUUGGAAAAUUGGACGUUUCACGCUGAGUGAUGCAAGUAGAGUUAACUAUUUAAAGUGGUAAGUUUUAAGUGUUAAAGCAAGUGCAAUUUGCUUCCAUGCCAAAUUCUGAGCUCCGCCUACUAUAGAUGUUCAGCUUGUAACUAUUUGUACUUAAAUGUUUUGACAUGAUGGAAGUUCCUAAGCUCAAUCGCAUUCUGCAAUAGUAGAACGUCCAUGUGCACUCGAGAGAUUAGUAGCACGUUUUAAAGCACAGAUGCUUGACUGAAAACCAAAGCAAUUUGAUUGUCUUAUAGCUCAUUUUAGGCCUGAGGCAAAACCCUGUUAAUGCCUGAUGGGAGAUUUGUUGACGCUGGACAUGUGGAACACGAGUUUGCUUUGUGGGCACAUUUUAGUUCUCUGUUGUCAAAAACAGGUGUGUUGUUUUAGCUUUAAAUGUUGUAGUUUGUUUUUUUUGUCAUUUGUAUUUUACACUGCCUGCAUUUGUAAGAAA